GAUUACCAACCGAAAUAGAAAAUGGGUCAUUAGGUAAAUUUAUACUUUAAACACUAAAAAUAUUUAUUUACCACGAUUAUAUAAUCAACAUUAAAUUUAAAUCGAUAUCUUUAAAUCAUUUUUACAAAACUUCACAAUUUUUUUACAUCAAAUUUAGAUCAUUUGACAUGUUUGACAUAGUUAGGUUAACUUGUUAACGUCAAUAAGCGUGACUUAAACAAACGUCAAAAUCCACUUGAAUUAAUUAAAAUAAAACGAUUAAAUCCGGAUUUAAAAUGCCAGCGACAGGAUUUCACAGAUUAAUAUUGACCUUAGGAUUUUUAUCCCUUUUUCACGCAGCUUAUUCAGCCGCCCAACAUCGAUCUUAUUUGCGUUUAAAUGAAUUAACUUUCGAUGGUUUACCUUACGAUAUAACAAUCCAAGCUUUGGUUAGUUUAUUAACGAUCAUGUAUGGUGUUUUACACAUCGCUGGUGAUUUUAAGGAAAUAAAAGCGGCUGCGGAGUUGGAAAAUAAAAGCUGGGAGACUUUUAGAAAUGUUGCAUCAUUUUACGUGUUUAAUCAUAGGGGGAAAUCUUUAUCCCCUUAUUAUCGGCCGAUCACUUCAAAAUCUAGUCUGGAUGAAGCAGAUUAAUUUACAUAAUUAUUAGUUUUGUUGUAAAUUUAAUUUAUAAAGUAAAUAAUAAUCAUUUUUAGGUUUG